UUUUUUUAAAGUUAUCCGAUGCUGGCUUCACCAUUAGUGUCCAGUGAUAGAGAGAAGAGAACACGGUGCUAAAUUUGCUGGUAUUUACAGAAAGAUCCUGACUGUGAUAAUUACAGUCAUGGCACCAAAGAAGAAAAAUGUUAAAAAGAAUAAAAUGGACAACAAAGAGACUACUGUUGUUGUGGAAGAGAGUACAAUCAUGCAUCUGAAUGGCCUCUUAGAUGGAGACAAUGGUUUUAGCUGCAUUUCCACGGAGAUAUCUAACUGCUCAUACAGUUCCAGUCUUUUGGAAGCGCUCAGCAAAAUGAGGCAAGAGAAAUUUUUGUGUGAUUUAACCAUUGCUACAAAAAACAAAUGUUUUGAUGUUCACAAAUUGGUGAUGGCUUCUUCCAGUGAGUACUUCAGGAAUAUUCUGACGAAAGACCCAUCAAAGCAAAGAAUAGAUCUCAAUGACAUCUCUCCUAUUGAUCUUGUCACAGUUAUUACUUAUGCCUAUUGUGGAAAAAUAACACUGUCAUUAUACACUAUUGGUAGCACAAUAGCAACAGCCAACCUGCUCAAAAUUCACUCUCUCAUAAAGAUGUGCAGUGAUUUUUUGAUGCAGGAAAUCAAUGUUGAGAAUUGCAUGUACAUUGUUAACAUUGCAGAAACUUAUGGACUCAAAAAUAUUAAGGAAGCAGCACAUAAAUUUAUUAGUGACAAUUUCCUCGAAUUUUCAGAAAGGGACCAGUUUUUUAAACUCACCUUUGAACAAAUCAUGGAAUUUAUGCUGGAUGAUACCUUGCGAUUGCCCUCAGAAAUCACAGCAUUCCAGAUUGCAAUGAAAUGGCUGGAUUUUGACAAUAACAGGGUUAAGUAUGCAGCAGAUUUACUGAACACCAUUCGGUUUUGUACAAUCUCAGCGCAAGACCUGGUGAACUAUGUUCAGACGGUGCCAAGAAUGAUGGAAGACCAAGGAUGUCACAAACUUCUGGUAGAGGCCAUGAACUACCACCUGCUGCCCUAUCAACAGAACACCUUACAGUCCAGAAGAACAAAAGUUCGUAGUGGCCUCAGAGUUCUAGCAAUCGCGGGUGGCCGUCUAGACCUAUCAGAAAAAUCACUCAGCAGAGAUAUCCUGUAUAGAGAUUCUGAACAUGUUUGGAACAAACUUGUUGAAAUGCCUUAUAAAAGUUUCAAUCAAUGUGUAGCUGUGAUGGAUGGAUUUCUGUAUGUAGCUGGUGGAGAAGAUCAAAAUGAUGCCAGGAAUCAGGCGAAGCAUGCAGUGAGCAACUUCUGCAGGUAAUUUGAUAUUGAUUCUUUGUCUUAACCAUGUCAUAAAUGUUGAAAAUCUUCUAGUACCUAAUCAGAACAGUCACCACGCUUGCACCAACAGGGAAGUAGAAAGUUUAAAUUUAAAAGUUUCC